AGUUACACGGGCCGAGUCUUUGUAGCCCUACAUCACAUAUCAGUUCCCAGCGCAGUAGCUGCCAACCACCCCGGUGCCCCGGACGUAGGCUACUGCCGGACAAAAGAAAGGGUCGUCCGCCUCCUUUUGGUUAGCAAUGCUUAUCUGCGUUUAGCCCCCCCCCCCCCCCCCGGCUGAGGAUGUCUGCUUCACAUUCUGGGGGUUCUGCCGAUUGGCUGACUGGUGCCGAUGAAGAAGGAGAUGGCUUGUUUGGACCAGACCGCGAGCAGGUGUCGUCGGGGAGGAUGACGCGGUCACCCACGUCAGCUCAGGAGCCACACUGCGAGCCCCAUGAGGCCCAGCAGGGGGGGCGCUGGGCCAGGGACUACAACCAUGCCAGCUGCGGAUGCCCAUCCAGUAGCACCUGGACCUCAGAUGGGGAUGGGCACGCCCCUCCAGGGUGCCAGCGAAACUCCGGGUCCCUCUGUCCCCCUGUCCCACGGGACGUCCUGCCAGAGGUUGCCCGGCCAGCCCGGAAGAGGCCCAGUGACUCAGUGCAGUCUGAGCGGUCGGAGUUGCUCACUGAUGGAAACGAGCUGUUUGCUCAAAAGUGCUCCAAGCUGCAGUGCUACAUUCCCCCACUAUCUUCUAUCCUGAACGGUUUACGGUCUGGAAGAUACCGGCAACGUCUCACCAGCUUCCAGGAGAGCGUGGCCAUGGACAGGAUCCAUAGAAUCAUGGGCGUCUUACAGAACCGUUGCCUGGGCGAGAAGUACAUCAGCGUCAUUUUGAAAGUGGAGGAGAUGCUGAAAAACUGGUUCCCCAAAGUGAAGCCAGGGGAGCAAGGUGAUGUGGGGCAGGAGGAAAUGGCACCUCCCAAGAAGCAAAAGCUGUGUGUUGGCAGCCCUGCCCGGUCGGUUCCGCCGGCACACCGGGACCCCAUCGGUGCCUCCCCCUCCCAUGUCGAGUCCAGCCUGCUGGGUCCCUGCUUCAGUACCCGCACCAAGUGGCUUCACAUGUCUCCCAUCUGCUCCCCCGCUGUGGAGUCCCCCCCGGGGCGGCUGCCGUCCGCCAACCAAGACUUAACACAAGACAGUGCCAUCUCAUCUAGCACCGACAUCCGGACCGACACACCGCCACCUGGCCGGCUGCCUCCAGCCAAGAUCAACGCCCCCUGUUUGGAAAGGCUGCUGAAGUCCACAGACAGCAUUAUCACAUGCAGGGCAACAGGGGGCGCUAGUGAAAGUAGCUGGUCAUAGUGCUGAAGCGCUGUCUGCAGGAGCUCUUCCCUGAGCCAGCCUAGCCUGUCCUGUCCCAAGCUGGAGUCUUUUAGACAGCCGUUCUGGUACUCGUGAAAUGACACGCGAUGAAAGAUCUGGAAGGGUGAGAAAAUACUCAUUCAUGUUCAGAAAUGAUGAAUCUAUUCUCCUAUCACCAUGUCACAUGACUUCCCUUAUCCAACUCUGUUGCACUUACUCUUGACAUAAGGACACCACGCAUCUGGGAGUGGGUACGUCGCUCCUUCUCCACAGAAACGGUUGGACCUCCCAAGACUCGCAACACAGGUCUCAAAUCCAUAAGAGAAUUUUAACAAGGGAAUUGAACAUGUAAUUUCUUUUGGGAACACUUGAAUUAUUUACACGGGAAGGGAGUCAAGGGUACCCAUGCAGAAGUGUAAAAUGAGCAUCGAAUGCAGUUCUUUGUGAGUCUGAGGGAGCUGAAUGAUGCGACUGUUACUUCAUGAAUGUUCUUUAGAAGUUCUGAUGCAACACUUCUACCUCAAGUUGAUACCAGGCCGUGAGUAAAUGCAGAAUGUCAUCAAUGCCAGUGAUGAGCCAGACUGUGUGUAUGCUGAAGGUCAUUUGACUCAGAAGAUGAUUUGUCAACCUUGACUGGUGCCAUCGCAGUGAAUGUGAACUGCAGAUGUUUUUUGUAUUUAUUUUUUUUGUAUUCUUGGUAGAAGGCAGGCAGUGCCUAUCAACUGUGCCUGGUUUGGUCCAUGAUUACCACCUAGAAUAAGGUGACCACCUCAUCCCGCUCAGGAUGGACACUGAGCUACAACAGGUUUUGUAAACUACCAUUUCAAGCUUUUCAAUUAAUUGUACCUGGAUCUCACUUAAGCACCGAAUUCUUGCUGUGUGGUGAUUGGUCAGUGUCCUAUAAUCACGAAUGUCAUUAAUGUUCAUAUGGAACAGCUGGAUGUGUCUCAAUUAAGCAAACCAGUAAAAGUACAAGAUGAACCAAACAAUUUAGCCAAGCACAGAAGCCUUUCAGGUUUAAAGUAGUAAAGUGUAAAAUCUUAUGUAGCUCAAUGUUCCUCCUGACAUGGACUAGGUGGUCACACUAACCUAGAACCAACCUGUAAGCCUCUGGGCUGUCAUUAGGGAAUCCAAAUUCCUGUCAUUCACAGUGAUGAGAAAAUAAUUAAAUCCCAGCCAACUGCAUUCAGUGGUCAGAUGUAAGGAAUUCUGUCAGCACAAAGGUGGACGAAUGUCUAAGACAGGCAGAGAGGAUAUUUUAGUGUAUAUAUCUUGAACAAUGUUGCAAGUUGUUAAUUUACCCUAUGAAGUGGCCUUUUAUUUUAUACUUUGGAAAUAAAUGUGGUUAUACCUGU